AUGAAACUCCUCUUUCUUCUAAUCGCCCCAGCUCUCGCCCAGAUGGGUGGAGUGGCCCCUGGAGGCCCUGCCGGAGCCGCACAAGUCGUCAACGUGCCUGGCCAGGCGCCUCCCCCCGCCGCAGGCCCCGGGGCUGGAGCGGCGCCAGCGGUGCCUGCUCCUGCGCCUGCUGUUCCCGCGCCAGCAGCUCCUGUAGCGGCUGCGCCUUCCCCUGUGUCACUGGACUCUUACACGGUUACAACUGUGAUUGGAGGCGCAACAACUGUCCAGGUUCUGCCCAUUUCCGCCACCACAGCGUACAGAACCACCGUCAUUGGCGGUCUGCUGACCACCCAGCCAUUCCAGUACGUCCAGCAGUUCCCUGCGCGUGCCACCAAGGCCGUGGAUGUUCCUGCCGGCUCGAUCGGUUUGGGCAAGUUGAGCAGCAAGGGUACGGUGGGUACCACCAAGGAGCCUGUUUAUGUGACCAUGGCCACGACGGAGCAGGCAUAG